UGUGUGGCCAGGAGCUAAUCAGAGCCACGCGCUCCUUCAGUCCGUGACGUGACGUGACGAGGAAGGAAUCUUCUUUCUUCUGCAGGAAACCUGAUUGAUCUUGGUGGUUGGGGACCACUGAGGCAACAAGCAUCAUUACAUCAUGGAGCCUCAGGAGUGUCCGCCAUCUCAGAGCAGCACCCGGUCCAGCAUCUCAGUCUUGGACCAAAUUCCUGCCAAGGUCUUCAAGGCUGCACACUCCAGGAGCAGCAGUGCUGGAUCCACCAGACAUUCCAAGCAGUUUCAGGACUGGGAAGUUGUGGAAGAUUUCCAGAACUCUGUGGUGGACUCCAGUGUACCUGGUCUGUGUGAGGGAGUACUGAUGAAGAGGAGGAAGUACCCGCUCAAAGGCUGGCACAAGAGAUACUUCAUGUUGGAGAAAGGUGUUCUGAAGUACUCCAAGACUCAACAAGAUCUUCAGAGAGGAAAAGUCCACGGCUCCAUGGACGUCAGCACGGCCGUCAUGUCCGUCAACAGAAAUUCUAAACGCAUCGACUUGGACACCGGAGACAACCUCUACCACCUGAGGGCCAAGAGCAGUGACAUGUUCUACAUCUGGCUCACCAAGUUGUCAGCACAUCGAGUGUACCGUAAGAAGGAGGCCAUGGACAUCCAGAGAGGACUUCUUCUCAGCAGCAUGCCAAACAUGGCAAACAUGGCACACAGGAGAAUUUCUCUGCCUAUUUAUGCCAGCUCAGCUCCGGUCUUCCAGACAGAGACAGGAAGUCCGUCGUCUGGUGUGUCCUCACACCCCAGUGUGACCAACAAAGUGUCCGCUUGGCUGCAGCAGACCGACAACAUCGACGCAACGUCCACCGACCUCAGUCGCUGUCAGACCGACUUGGCGGAGCUGAUGCAUCUCAUCCAGCAACUCCAUUGGCUGGAGGGAGGUUUACCUGUGACGGACCGCGAUCUGCAGGUGCGCAUCAGCAUGCAGAAUCUGUCCCUGGAGAAACCCAAGAAGGGAGGAAGGAUGUACGGACACUCCAGGACUUUGUCCCGCGUGGAAGGCAUGGGGCUGUUCAAUUCCAACCAAAUGAGCACCAACUUCAGUUCUCUGCAGUCCAUCCCAGACUACGUCUACUCCCAGCUGUCCAACCCCCAGGUGACGUCACCUGAGGCCAAUAAACUCCACCAGGACGUCUGCAAACUCUCACAAAAAGUUUUCACGAGUCUAAAGUCUGUCCAUGAAGUUCUGACCUUGGAGAGAGAACGACUCAGACAGGCUUGGGCCGCCCCUGAUUUACGGCACACCACCACCCAACAACUGGCCUCUCUAUGCAGCACUUUGUCUGAGCUUGACAUCCAGUCCCAUCAGACCAAGGUCCAUUCCCUGUCCUUGUCCUCCGAGUCUUCUGAGGAUUCCUUCUGUACUGUCCAAGCAGAGCAGAGAGGUCCUAUCCAGCGAGCUCCUUCCGUGGCUGACUCUAUGGCCGAGUAUUUCGACGCCAGCGAGGUGCUGGUGUGUGAAACCUCCUCUGAGGCAGAAGCUUCUGACGAGUCGGGUUUGAGUGACAUCACCACGACGACCAGUACCUCGGAGCCUGAGGAAGGACAUGCCAGUGUAACUCUGAAAUACCGAGAGAGUCUGAGGAGCGCACCUGACAAACCUUCGCUGAUGUCCGACACAGGUCGUCGCCGUAUCCUCCCAGCGGCGGGGGCAGACAACAGUCAUGUGGGCAUCAUGACCAUCUUGUACAACAACAUCGGCAAGGACCUGUCUCGCGUGUCCAUGCCCAUCGUCCUCAACGAGCCCGUAUCACUGCUGCAGAGACUCUCGGAGGAGCUAGAGUACUCCCAGCUGCUCGAUAUCGCCAACCGAAUCGACGAUCCGUACGAGAGGAUGGUUUAUGUUGCUGUCUUUUCUAUCUCCGGGUAUGCCUGGGCAUCUUGGCGAUAUCGCUACAAACCUUUUAAUCCUGUUCUUGGAGAAACCUACGAGAACGUCCGAGAAGAUAGAGGAUUCCGAUAUGUCAGCGAGCAGGUGAGCCAUCAUCCUCCCAUCUCUGCCUGCCACGCCGAGUCCAACAACUUCACCUUCUGGCAAGAUCAAAGAUGGAAGUACAAGUUCUGGGGGAAAUCCGUGGAGAUCAUGUCGAGUGGAAACGUCAACGUUACCUUGCCCAGAUAUGGGGACCACUACGAGUGGAACAAGGCGGUGACGUGCAUCCACAACGUGCUGAGUCAGCAGCGCUGGUUGGAACAUUACGGCGAGGUGGUCAUCAAGAACAACUCUAGCGAUGUCUGCACCUGCAAGAUCACUUUUGUCAAGUCUCGAUAUUGGGGGUCUGACGGCACCAAGAACGAGGUCCAAGGUGUGGUUCUGGACCGGGCGGGCAAAGUUGUCCAUCGCUUUGGAGGACUUUGGCAUGAAGGCAUCGUCUGCGAUACGCUGCCCGCCGCCUCCAAGUGUGUCUGGAAGCCCAACGUGCAGUCCGAGGAUCACGUCGACUUCUAUGGUUUCUCACAAUACGCCAGAGAACUCAACGAACUUCCAGCUGACCUGAGAUCAGUUCUUCCUCCCUCUGACACGCGCUUCAGACCGGAUCAGAGGCUGUUGGAGGAGGGCCAGGUUGCAGAGGCGGACAGGAAGAAGGACCAAGUGGAGGAGAAGCAGAGAGAGCGAAGGAAGGAGAUGGCCAAGCUAGGACAGGAACACGUUCCACGGUUCUUCAGGAAGGAGAAAGAUGCUGGACAGGAAGUUUGGAUCUACAAUGGAACUUACUGGAAGGUCCGUGAAGAUCCAGGAUUUUCAAAGAGUGACAACCUAAUCUUGUGGUGAAGACCAAAGACAAAAAAACAUUUCUCUGUGAUUAGUGACUCUGUAAUGUUGCUGCUGCCAAGAUGGAGUCUGAGGUUUGAUGGCAAACAUGAUCUUCUCUUCUUAGAUAUGGCUCAAGAACCUAUGACCAACUUCUUCAUGGAAUAUAAUCUUUGUUGUUGGACUUGUAGAAGUCUUCAUAUCAAAUGUGUGAGGGACCUUCAUGAUUGUUCAUGUUGGAGACCCUCCACUUAGUCCUUUUAACACCAAAUAUUCCUCACUUUAAAUAAAAUGUUUGAUAAGA